CAGCAGCGCAUGAGGGCAUUGCAGGCGCUCUCAAUGCCGCCCUACCUGCAUCCCUCCCCGUGUACGUGCAGGGCUCCAGUGACCUACCCACCAACAACGCUGUCUUCCGCAUCUUCUCGCCCUUCAAAUACAGCCCGCAGUACACGAGCAUCGCGGUGGGGUCACCUGCGCGUGCUGUUGUGGUGAUGCUGGAUACACUCUCCAGCCUCUCCUGGCUGCUCUGCCACUGCGGCCCCUCCUGCCCUGCUCCCUCCCACAUCCUCCAGAACCGGACUGUCUUUGAGCCAUCCUCCUCUGCGACAUCACGCCCUGUGCCCUGCAACUCCCCCUCCUGUCCUCAAGCCUCCAUGUUCUCCUGCAACAGCAGCAGCAGCACUGGUGCUGCACCCACACCAUCAACACCACUAUCAUCAUCACCAGCAUCAGCACCAGGUGCAGCUGCUGCAGCAACAGCGGCAGCAGGCGGCGUGUGCACAUUCAACCCCAGCAACGGCAGUGCGGCGGGUGGCAGCGCGGGCCCACUCAUCUCGGACCUGCUCUCGCUGCUCUCCACCAAUUCUUCACUGCGACGAGCACGAGUCACCUUCGGUUCACGCUACUACCUGAACGUGACGCAGGUGCGGGUGGGCAGCACACCCCUGCCAGCCAGCGCAGCACUGGGCAGCACGAGAGCAGAUGCGAGGGGGGGAGUGGUGGUGGACACCACCUUCCCCUACCUCGCCCUGCGGCCCCCCCUGCUGCAGCAGCUCGUGGACCUUGUCUUCUCACACCCCCACCUUGUUCGACAAGAUGUCGAUGGCUUCGCCUGCGCCUCUCUUCCCACCAGCAAGGCCACAAACGAGACCUUUCCCCCGGUGCUGCUCGACUUCCCAGACACCACCUACUACGUGCACCCCUCCACCUACCUCAUGCUUGACGGAGCCACAGCAGCCAACCUGCUGCUGUGCCUGGCAGCGGUGCCUCUCCCAGAUGAGUCCGUGCACGAUGCAUACCUGGGCACACUCGAUGCAUACAUAUGCGCCCCUCUCUCCCCCACUCCCUCCCUCCCUCCCUCCCUCCCUCCCGCCCCCUCUCCCUCUCUCACUCCCUCCCUCUCUCCCUUUCUCUCUCCCUCCUCCCCUCCUUCCCUCCCUCCUCCCCUCCUUCCCUCCUUCCUCCCCUCCUUCCCUCCCUCCUCCCCUCCUUCCCUCCCUCCCCCCGUCAAUCCAUCUCUCCCAUUCCCCGCCCACCCCUGCAUGGGCAGCACAAUGGCUAGCAGACCACUACCUGUGGUUCGAACUUGCGUCUCAGAAGCUGCACUUUAG